GCAAUUUUACGUCAAGACGUUCCUUGGUUCGAAAAACAAACUUCCGGUGGCCUAGUUCACAAGCUGUCAGAAAAUGUUGACAUCAUUCAAAACGGCAUCGGGACGAAAUUUGGCGAUUUUGUUCAAAAUAUCAGUGGAUUUUUAACCGGUCUCAUUAUUGCAUUUGCUGUUGGUUGGAAGCUUUCUUUGGUCGCAUUUGCGAUGCUUCCGCUGGUUGCAAUCGCGUUUGCCCUGUUCGGGUUUCUAAUGAAAAUACUAACACUGAAAGAAGUGGAAGCUUACAGUCGGGCCGGGGGGAUUGCCAAUGAGGUGUUAUCAGCCAUCCGCACCGUGGUCGCAUUUGGGGGCGAAGAAAAAGAAUACAACCGCUACUCCGCAGAGUUAACGACCGCUCAAAAGCAAGGAGUUAAAAAAUCGAUGGCGGUUGGAGGAGUAUUGGGGGCGAGAUGGCCCAUGUGGUUGGAGCGCGAAUUUACUGACCGGAAGGUUCGUGGUUCGAACCCGACCUCCGCCUCUCGAUUUCCUCUGUCUAGGCUUGGGCAACCUGGCAGUAUCCCAGCCCUCGUGCAACCUCGGGGAGGCGUGACAGUCGUAUUGAUCAAAUACCAACGAAUACCACAGGCGGGCACCUGUGGUAGCACCACCUGUUUUCUGAUGGGCUUGAUUGGUCUGACCUUGUUCACCUCAGCUGCGGUCGUUUUUUGGUAUGGAGUGGAGCUGAUGUUAACAGCGGAAUACACGGGCGGAACGGUUGUUGCGGUCUGUGCUUCGAAACCGACCUUUGCCUAUCGACUUCCGCUGUAUAGGCUCGGGCGACCUGGAAGUAUCCCAGCCCCGGUGUUUCCUUUGGGUGGCAUGACAGUAUUUUUCAACGUCAUUCUGGGAAGCAUUUACCUGGGAAACGCUCUUCCGGCACUUCAUUACUUCCUAAUGGCAACGGCAGCUGCGAGAGACGUGUAUGAUACUAUAGAACGUAUUGCUGAAAGCUCUUUGACAACCGACUACCGGUUUCGCCCCUCUUGCGGCUCAUCAGGUAGACAUAAUCCCCGUAUUUCGAUCAAGCGUACGUCCCACUUGAACCCGAAUUGCACGAAAUUAGCGAAGGACACUCAUAUCCCUUCGAUUGAUAAAAACUUCGUUGGAACUCUUUCCAAGGAUUUUCAUGGAAAUAUUGAUUUUCAAGAUGUCAAAUUUGUCUAUCCAACGCGUCCUGAUACUAUAGUCCUACAGGAGUUCAAUAUGAAUCUUCGGAAAGGUCAAACGGUGGCCCUUGUUGGUCCAAGUGGCUCUGGGAAGAGCACGGUUGUACAUAUGCUGCAACGUUUUUACGAGCCAAUAGAGGGACGGAUAGUUGUUGAAGGAACCGAUAUCCGUGAUCUGGAUCUGAAAGCAUUUCGCUCUCAGCAAGGGUUCGUUCAACAGGAACCUGUACUCUUCGAGGGUACGGUGGCGGAAAAUAUCCGAAUGGGUAAACUGGACGCCGAUCAAGCGGAAAUUGAAGAGGCCGCCAGACUGGCAAAUGCCCACGACUUUAUACUCAGUCUUCCAGAGGUAGGCACGCUUUGUGUUGACUGUGAAUCUUUUUCCAGUUUCAUUCAAAAACUCAGCUGCGCUGCUACGAAUCUACCUGUCAAGUCCUAUGCAAUCAUUAGUCUAUGUACAAGUUCGUUAAACUUUGGUUACAAUACAGUGGUUGGUGAACGUGGCACUGGCAUGUCCGGCGGUCAGAAACAACGCAUUGCCAUUGCAAGAGCAUUGAUCCGAAAACCAAGACUUCUACUCUUAGAUGAGGCAACCUCAGCAUUGGACACAAACUCCGAGCGUAUUGUUCAAGCGGCUUUGGACAAAGCCAGUUCAGGACGCACUGUUGUAAUGGUCGCACAUAGGCUGACAACGGUGCGCAAUGCCGACCUGAUCUUGGUGCUGGAAAACGGCCGAAUACGUGAAGCAGGAACACAUGAUCAACUAACCGCUUUAGAUGGCCUUUAUUCAGCUAUGCUACUGAAUCAAGUGAGAAAAUACUUAUUCUCAGACAUCAGUCCCCUAAUGUUUUUAACCACUUGA